UGGAUGGUGGACACGGGUAGCGCGACCGGCCAGUCCAUCUGCCCGAUGAAAAUCGUCGCGUUCGACCUGAGCACCGACAAGCCGAUCCUGGUCUACCAGAUCCCCGAGAGCCAGACUGUCGCGCGCAGAGCCUCCUACGUGAACCCCGUGGUCGAGAUUGGUGACACCUGCAACGACACCUUCGUCUACGUGGCCGACGUGAUCAAGCACGGCUUGCUCGUCUACAGCAUGAGGGAGAACCGCUCCUGGAGGCUCGACAACACGCCGGGAAAUGCCUUUGGCGACGAUCCCGACGCAGGCACCUUGACCAUCGCCGGGGAAAGCUUCAGUGUGAACGACGGCACCCUCGGUAUGUCACUGUCACCCCGAGGAUUUUACGCCAAGAGGUAA